CCAAAAUGUCUGUUGACUGGCAGGCUGCUAAGACCCGCCUCGCGCACACAACAAAGCGCGCCGCGAAGAUUCGAGAUGUUUCCCGAGCAGGCCUGUUUCUCGAACCCUCUGUGGAAGCGCUAUAUAUAAAGCCGGCGCGCGCUCUUCCUCCAUCACAGUACACACACUCGUCCACAAAGGCAGGCUGAAAGCCGGGUAGCGUAGCGAUAAACUCCUCAGUUAGGUCACAUUAAAAGACUCUCAACAGUCAAGAUGCCAGAGGCACAUGAUCAGCCAAUGGAGGAGGAGGCAGAGACCUUUGCUUUCCAGGCAGAAAUUGCCCAGCUGAUGUCUCUGAUCAUCAACACCUUCUACUCAAACAAAGAAAUCUUCCUCAGGGAGCUAAUCUCCAACUCCUCAGAUGCAUUGGACAAAAUCCGAUAUGAAAGUCUGACCGACCCAAGUAAGCUAGACUCUGGAAAAGACCUGAAGAUUGAAAUCAUUCCCAACAAAGAGGAUCGCACACUGACCAUCAUCGACACUGGCAUUGGCAUGACCAAAGCCGAUCUCAUCAACAACUUGGGAACCAUCGCCAAGUCUGGAACCAAGGCAUUCAUGGAGGCUCUGCAGGCUGGAGCCGACAUCUCUAUGAUUGGUCAGUUUGGUGUGGGUUUCUACUCAGCCUACCUGGUAGCUGAGAAAGUCACAGUCAUCACCAAACACAAUGAUGAUGAGCAGUAUGCAUGGGAGUCAUCUGCUGGAGGCUCAUUCACAGUGAAGGUGGAUAACUCUGAACCAAUUAAGCGUGGCACAAAGGUGGUUCUGCAUUUGAAGGAGGAUCAGACAGAAUACAUCGAAGAGAGGCGUAUUAAGGAGAUUGUGAAGAAGCACUCACAGUUCAUUGGUUAUCCCAUCACAUUAUAUGUGGAGAAAGAACGUGACAAGGAAGUGAGUGAUGAUGAGGCUGAGGAAGAGAAAGAGAAGGACAAAGAGGAGGAAGGAGAGAAAGAUGAAGAUAAGCCAGAGAUUGAGGAUGUUGGCUCAGACGAUGAGGACCAUGACAAGAGCACUGAGAAGAAGAAAAAGAAGAAAAUCAAGGAGAAGUAUAUUGACCAGGAAGAGCUCAAUAAAACCAAGCCUUUGUGGACCCGCAACCCUGAUGACAUCACUAAUGAGGAGUAUGGAGAGUUCUACAAAAGCCUGACAAAUGACUGGGAGGACCACCUUGCUGUUAAACAUUUCUCAGUGGAAGGGCAGCUGGAGUUCCGUGCCCUGCUCUUUGUACCCCGCAGAGCUCCUUUUGAUCUUUUUGAGAACAAGAAAAAGAAGAACAACAUUAAGCUGUACGUGCGCCGUGUCUUCAUCAUGGACAACUGUGAUGAACUCAUUCCAGAGUAUCUCAACUUCAUCAAGGGUGUGGUGGAUUCUGAAGACUUGCCCCUGAACAUCUCCAGAGAGAUGCUGCAACAGAGUAAGAUCCUCAAAGUCAUCAGAAAGAACCUGGUCAAGAAGUGCCUUGAGCUCUUCACUGAACUUGCUGAGGACAAGGACAACUACAAGAAGUAUUAUGAACAGUUCUCCAAGAAUAUCAAGCUUGGUAUCCAUGAGGACUCUCAGAAUAGGAAAAAACUCUCUGAGCUGCUGCGCUACUACACCUCUGCCUCUGGGGAUGAGAUGGUGUCCCUUAAAGAUUACGUCACCCGCAUGAAGGACACCCAGAAACACAUCUACUACAUUACUGGUGAGACCAAAGAACAGGUGGCCAACUCUGCCUUUGUGGAACGGCUGCGCAAAGCUGGCCUGGAGGUGAUCUACAUGAUUGAGCCCAUUGAUGAGUACUGUGUUCAGCAGCUAAAGGAAUUUGAGGGCAAGAACCUGGUGUCAGUGACCAAGGAGGGUCUGGAGCUGCCCGAGGAUGAGGAGGAAAAGAAGAAACAGGAGGAGAAGAAGGCACAGUUUGAGAACCUGUGCAAGAUCAUGAAGGACAUUCUUGAAAAGAAGGUUGAGAAGGUUACUGUCUCCAACCGCCUGGUUGCCUCCCCCUGCUGCAUUGUGACCAGUACAUACGGCUGGACUGCCAACAUGGAGAGGAUCAUGAAGGCCCAGGCUCUGAGGGACAACUCUACCAUGGGCUACAUGGCGGCCAAGAAGCACCUAGAGAUCAACCCCGAUCACCCUAUUAUUGAAACCCUUCGGCAAAAGGCAGAGGCUGACAAGAAUGACAAGUCUGUAAAGGAUCUGGUCAUCUUGCUAUUCGAGACUGCACUGCUCUCGUCGGGCUUCACCCUUGACGACCCUCAGACACACUCGAACCGCAUCUACAGGAUGAUCAAGCUGGGCUUGGGCAUUGAUGAGGAUGACCUGUCGACUGAAGAGCCCAGCUCGGCUCCCAUUGAGGACAUGCCCCCCUUGGAAGGGGAUGACGACACAUCCCGCAUGGAGGAGGUUGAUUAAAAAAAAAACUGCUUAGUUUGUUAGUGUACAGGUUUAACUGGGUGGGCUUGAGAUGUGCCUGGGUGGCUGCAGUUCUGAGCACCACCAGGAUUACAACAGCAUGAGUUCCCAUGUGUAAAAAGAUGCAUGUAUUUAUCAGUAAGACUUUAUCUAAACAUGUAAAAAUAAAGGCAAUGUUUUCCAGAUACUGUUCUGUCACUGUUCUCAAUUUAAAAAUUUUAGAACUGUGCUAGAACUAACUUGUGUCUGGAAACCUAGAUCAGUGUAUAGAGAGCUAGUGAUGGUUACAUGCAACACUCUAGUACUUGGAACACCAAGUUAUGUUGGAGACUGUUAAUUAGUUGUGUAGCUGUACCUGGCUAGGUGCCUGGGUGCUAAUUGAGUCCACUUGGUAUUGAUUCUGACUUUGGUUAUUGUUAACGUUCUUGCGCUUUCACAACUGUUCUCAAAUCAGGAUUAGUGAUUAAGUGCACCCGUUCCCUUUUUUCCAGGUUUGUUCUUUUGUAUUUUGAGUUGUGUAUGCAUUUUUUAUUUAUUUACAUUCCACAAAUCUUUUUUUUUUUUUUUUUUGGCAAGUGUAAUAAACUGUCUGAUACUGUAUGUUUAAUGUUGACAUUCCAAAAUAAAUUUAAUUUAAAAUCA